AUGUUCUUCGUCUUCACAAGCUGUUGGACUACAAACGUCCGCGACCUUGCAUCCGCUGAUGGCACGGGAGAAUGGAAUCUCAGCCCGUCGGCAAUUUCAUAUGCCUCUGAUGGAACCCUAAUGAUUCAGGUUGACCAAAAGGGACGUCAAGUUCUCUACCAGCUCGACACGUCGUCUUGGCCGAACCCACCGACUCCAGCCGAUUUGAAGCUAUUUGACGGUCUGAUGCCGUUUGGAUCGGUCAUGGAUGUUACACCACUGCCUGGGAAAUCAAACAGGGUUCUAUUGUCUUGUGACAGCUUUGAACAUAGCAGGCAAGUCAUCAUCCAAGAUUUACCGGCUCAAGAUGCUGGCAUUUUGCAACCAUCAGCCCUCAGACAAGAGAACUUUGGCAUUACAAAAACACAAGUUGACCAAAUAUGGUUUCCGGGUCACGAAAAGCGCCUGAUUCAUGCGUAUGUGUUGAAGCCAUCGGACAUCAACCGGAAGCAGAAAUACCCCUUACUAUAUGUUAUCCAUGGUGGUCCGCAAGAUAGUUGGAGACAAGUCUGGGAUAAACGCUGCCAUCUUGCGCUUUUCGCCGAACACGGGUAUAUCGUUGUGGCGCCAAAUCCCACAGGAAGCACGGGUUACGGGCAGCAGUUCACUGAUGAGAUACAAGGCUCAUGGGCUGGAAAGGCGUACUCGGACUUUGAAAGAAGCUUUGAUUAUAUUUACGAAUCCCUUGAUUACGUCGACACUGAGCGUGCCGUGGCACUAGGUCUCGGAUACGGAGGCUACAUGGUCAACUGGAUACAAGGCCACGACUUGGGGCGCAGGUUCAAAGCCUUGAUUGCCGAUAACGGUACCUUCAGCCUGCUCUCUCAUCUAUCUAGCAACACCCAGCAUGCGAUUUUGCAUGGGCUGGGUGGACCACCUUGGCUGAACCCAGAGGCGUGGAGAGAAUGGGACCCUGCACAGCACGCCGGCAACUGGAAGACUCCACAGUUACUUAUUCACGGAGAACUGAAUCAUCAGCGUCCUGUCUCUGACUCCCUGGCUGCAUUUAACACUCUUAAUUUGCAAUCAGUCGAGACUGGUCUGCUCAUAUUUCCAAAUGAGGGCUUUGGGAUCCGGAGCCCGGAGAAUUUGCUAUUAUGGUAUCGUACUGUGCUCAAAUGGUUGAAGCAAUACGCAAGAUAA